AUGUUCCAUGGAAUACCGGUGUCAGGGAGCAUGGGAGGAGGAGCUCCAGCCAACAAGCCUGAGUUGUAUGAGGAGGUGAAAUUGUACAAAAACGCCCGAGAAAGAGAAAAAUACGACAACAUGGCUGAGUUGUUUGCUGUGGUCAAGACCCUUCAGGCCCUGGAGAAAGCUUAUAUCAAAGACUGCGUCACUCCCAAUGAGUACACGGCCUCCUGUUACAGGCUGCUGGAGCAGUACAAAGCGGCGUUCAGGCAGGUUCAGGGUUCCGACGUGGGCUCCAUCGAUGACUUCUGCCGCAAGUACAGACUUGAUUGCCCGCUCGCCAUGGAAAGAAUCAAGGAGGAUCGUCCAAUCACCAUCAAGGACGACAAGGGCAACUUGAACCGCUGCAUCGCCGACAUCGUUUCUCUAUUUAUCACUGUCAUGGACAAGCUGAGGCUGGAAAUCAGAGCCAUGGAUGAGAUCCAACCAGAUCUACGCGAGCUGAUGGAAACCAUGAACCGAAUGAGCAACAUGCCGCCCGACUCGGAGGCCAAAGACAAAGUCAAGCUCUGGUUGAACACCCUCAGCAGCAUGUCGGCGUCGGACGAGCUGGACGACAGUCAAGUGCGGCAGAUGCUCUUCGACCUGGAGUCGGCUUACAACGCCUUCAACCGUUUCUUGCACUCCUCUUGA